GAGGCCCGGCCCGGCAUGGUGCCCAGGUCCUACCUCUCUGAGUUAUUUCAUUGAAGCGCACUCUACGUUCUCCAUUGAAGCGUUCUCCGUUGAAUCUAAUUCUUGUAUCCCCCAUUGAAGCAGCUUCUAAGGUCUAUGGAUUCUGCAGACACUCUUCUUUGUUUCACAGAGUCUCUUAAAGCCUUCUUAGAUAAAGAUAAUUUUAAUGGUGCUCUACAGUUUGUCGUAGACCACAUCUUUCGAUGCAUGGAAGAAAAUGGUGAGGCGACUAAGGGAACAAGUCUUGUUGUUGUCCUGAAUACUGUUGCCUCUGAUUUUCCAAAGUUGAACCUACCCUCAAAUCCGUUGCAUAGACUAGAGUGUUUGGUCAACAACCUGCUUUCAAAUGGCAUGGUAGUAGAUGCCCUAAAGCUCACUAGUGCACCGUAUCCGUCUGCGUUAACUGUUCCUGUUUUGGAGCUCAAGCUGAGAAUAAUUUUCCAUGAACAAAAUAUGGAGGAGUUUUGGAAGAUUUUUCGGGCUUGGGAAGUCCACAACAUGUAUGCAUAUGCAGAAACUACACUUAUUUUGGGGACGAGCUUUAUGAAUUUAGAAGAUGAAGGAUAUCUGGAGAAGUCUAUUGACUAUUUUAGCAAAGGGAUUUCUAUGGCUAAAAUUCAUGAACAACAAUCUUUGUUAGAAAAAUUGGAACAGCAGCUAUGUGAGGCAGAAAAAAAGAAGGUUAAAUUUCAGCAAGCUUUCGAGGAAGCAAAUAGACAUGAAAGAGAACUCUUGGAUGAAGAGGCCAGGAUCGCGGCGGAGGCGGGAAAAAGGGAGAAGAAACGAGAAAAGAAACGAGAAAAGAGGAAAGGAAAACAAGUUGCUGAAGGGUCCAAGAAAGCUGUGGAGACCAAAGAUGAGGGGACCAAAGAUGAGGGGACCAAAGAUGAAGGGACCAAAGAUGAGGAGACCAAAGAUGAGGGGACCAAAGAUGAGGGGGGUACAGGGGAAAUCAUACCUUUGGUUGAGGAAAGAAGACCUCGGAAUUUCGAGAUUCCUUUUUCUGUUACUAUGGAGUCAGCUGAAGAUUCUUUUGUAGGGUGUAUAAGGACUAACACCACUGGAGUCCAAAAAUCAUUUAUUGUAGUUGACCAAUCACAGAUAAACUACUUUCAGGAUCUUGUUUAUCUAUGUCUCAGGCAUGAGACUCUGUUGAAGGUUGACCAAAGUUUUAUGGAUGAAGGUAGAUAUUUUCUUGUGACAAGUGAGAAUGUAUGCACCAUUUACUGCUUUUUUAAGCGUAAACUUUGCAUAAUUUCUCCUGAAUCAAAUAAAGUAUGGUGGAAUGCUAUAAAAGAUUCAUUUUGGAAAGUAUUCAGAGGCGUGAUUCGAGGGUUGAUGUAUUUGUUCGACAAAGACAAAGCCUGCGGGAAUUUAGUGUUUAAUUCUGUUGUCAAUUCUGAAGGGGAAGGCAGAAUUCUGCCAUAUAUGGCUUCGGGGAAACAAAAACAGGACUUGGUACAGCUAGUAGAUUUAAUGCAGAGUGUUAUCAAACUUGCUGUUCCCGACCAAAGCGAUAUUUCUUUUCUUCCCGAUCAUUUGAAACAGUUUUUUGACAAUGUCACACAAUUUCAUGGGUCCUGUCCAUUGGAGAUUGUUAUUGAUCACCCGUAUUUUUGGAAUACGGCGGAAAAAAUCAGCUUUACCUUCAAAUUGAGAGAGUUGGUUAAGCAGAAUCCUAAUCCUUUUUUAUUGUAUCUUAAUAAAAAUGAAUUAUACCAAGACUGGUGGGAUAGUCUUCAACAUGUAUAUAAAAAACUUUUUGAAAAUGCGAAAAAGCGCAAGAGGAUUAUCAAAGCAUACCGGAAUGCUAUUGAUAUUGUCCGAUUUUAUGGAGCAGUUUAUACUCAUAUAAAUGAGUUGGAGUACAAACAAGAUCGAAAUAACAAGAGAUUUAGUGAUGAAAAGAUCGAGUCAGAUUUGGCAGGUUUUUUUCCAGAUUUUUAUGUAGACAUGUUUUCGGUCUUGUGCUCGUGCUACCAGAAUAAUGUGGUCAUAACCAAUGACAGUCUGAGGGGUUUAUCCACGGUUCAUUCUUUCAGAGGGAAGUAAAAGGAGCAGGAUUCUGCCACGAGUGGUGAGUUAUUCUUGUACUCCCAAGGAAGCUGUUGCUGUGACAACUGCAAUCCAAGAGGAGAUAUUCUUAGAAAUAGGUGUUGUUUGUGGUUUAAAAAUAGACUUAUCUAUGUCCUUCGGCAUUUGAAGGGUUGUUGACUUGCCGUACACUCGUACUUUGUUGAUCCGUUAUUGGUAUCUGGCGUUGAGGACUUAUUUAGUGUUUGAUAAAAUGUUUAUGCACCGUUAACAAUUGGACAUUAAUGUUUUUGGACUUCAAAUUUUCUUAUGUAAUUUGUACUUUGUUGCAAUUAGCCAAUUAGUUUGUAUAUUGAAGGUUGUGUAUAAUUUUAUUAUGUAAUAUGAAAAUUAGUUGUUGGACAAUAAUUUUAGGUUUAU